GUGACCGAUGUCAACAAGGAAGUGGGCUGUACCUUUGAAUACAAGGCGCCAGCAGCACUUUUAGAUUCAACAGUGAAAGAUACCGAGGGAUGCCCGCCACCGAGCCGGUCCGGUUGGGUCGGAAACGCGCCCUGCCCUCUUGCCCGAACCCGCUGUUCCUCAAGUGGCUCACCGAGCUCCGGGACGAGGCGAAGGAAAAAGGACUGAAGAUCCAGUACACUUAUCAGAAGGCAAUCAACUCAUUGAAUAAAUAUCCACUGCCGCUGAAGAACGCCAAAGAGGCAAAGAUCCUCCAAAACUUCGGAGACGGCAUCUGUAAGAUACUGGAUGAAAAACUGCAGCGGUAUUAUAGAGAGAACGGUGCUGACGCUCCUAUUCACACUCUCCCCAAAGGAGCGCCCCCUCCUGGCAGAUCAGACAACAACAUCAUCCUGGCUCCAUCUAGAAAGAAGAAUGAUGCAGGUGAUCAAGGAAAGGAUGGAGGAGGUGGAGGAGGGAGGAAGAAGAAGAGGGAGUAUGUGCCCCAGAAGAGGUCAGGGGGAUAUGCUGUGCUGCUGACGCUUUACAGAGAAACGCAGAUCCCAGGAGGUAAAGGUUAUAUGUUUAAGAUGGAGCUCCAGGCAGAAGCUCAGCAUCUCUGUGACAAAUCGUUUACUGUGCCUGAUUUAGGCAGUAAGUACACCGCCUGGAGCUCAGUGAGCACUCUGAUCCAGAAGAACCUGCUGAUAAAGACUCACAACCCUGCAAGGUAUUCUCUGACAGAUGAAGGUCUGGCUUUGGCCGAGCGGCUGGCUUCACUGGAACAAACAAAGAAAGACGGCCCAGAGGGAGACAGAGAGGAGGUCAGGAGUGAAUUAGAGGAGACUGAGGAAGAUGAGAAAGUCGUAGACCUUACUGGAAGUGAUGAAGAUGAAGAAGAGAAGGAGGACAACAGAAUACACCCUACAGAGAGAGGAGCCGGUGUCACCCAGGUGAGCGGCGACGUGGACGACACGCGUUCAUCGGGGAAAUCCCAGAAUUCACAGACAAGAAGCAGAAAUCCGAAUGCAGAGUGUCUCCUGCCUGGAACGUAUGAAAUUAUACUCUGUGUGGACUUCAUUGAGACCACUGGCGGCAGCCACCAUCGUAAGCAGGAGCUGGUCAAAGAGCUUCAGAGAAAUGGCAUCAACUUUGACAUCAGGAAACUAAACAUUGGAGACUUCCUGUGGGUGGCUCAGGAGAAGGUGGCACCUGUUCCAGGUCAGCUGCGAGCUCCUGUAGGCAGGGAGCUCGUCCUUGAUUACAUAGUCGAGAGGAAGAGGAUGGACGACCUGUGUGGCAGCAUCAUCGAUGGACGCUUCAGAGAACAGAAGUUUCGACUGAAGAGAUGCGGCCUUCGUAAGCCCAUCUAUUUAGUAGAGGAGUGUGGAUCAGCUGCUUCUCACCUGAGUUUACCUGAAACUACACUGCAGCAGGCUAUAGUCAACACACAGGUCGUUGAUGGCUUCUUUGUGAAGAGAGUCCAGGAUGUGAGGGAGUCGGUGGCCUACCUCACCAUCAUGACCAGAUACCUGAGUAAACUGUACCAGAACCGAACGCUGAUCUGUCGCUCCAGAGAGCUCGAGGGCGACGGGAGCAGUGAUGAAGAGGAGCGGGGGAAGCCCUCCUGCUCUCUCAUGUCUUUUGCGGAGUUCAAUCACGGUGCAAUCAAAAAUAAGUGUCAGACGGUGAGAGAAGUGUUUGCCAGACAGUUGAUGCAGAUUAGCGGUUUAUCAGGAGACAAAGCAGCAGCUAUACUGGAACACUACAGCACUCCGCACAGUCUUCUGACAGCAUAUGAACAGUGUGCAAGUGAAUCAGAGAAAGAGAAACUCCUCGCCUCAAUCCGAUAUGGGAAGCUCAAAAGGAACCUGGGUCCAGCUCUGAGCAGAACAGUUUAUCAGCUCUACUGUACUCAAGGAGCUCUGUCAUGAAGGCAGCACUCAAGUAUGGUCGCAAAGCAAACUCAGCAAUGUGAAUUACACGUAGUCAUUAACUUUUAAGUCCUCCUUUAUUUCUGAGGAUGAUUAUAUACAUGUUCAUGUAAAUGUCA